GAGAAAUACUUCCCUAGACUAGAGGAAUGCACCAAGGAUUGUAAGAUAUUAUCGCUUGGAAGGAAAGGGCACUACUCCCAUGAAUGCCCCGAAAAUGCAUCACUAGUACCACAAUCAGAAAAAGAGGGUGACAUGGAUGCUUACAUUGCGGGAGACACUAUACCCACUAGAAGAGAAAGACCUAAGUGUAAGCAGAAGAGUAGCUUGGAUGGAUUGAAUCAUAUACCCAAGAUUAGGAGAGCUGUUAAUUCAACACUGGAAAAGAUGGAUAUAAGUGACAAAAAUCAAGACACAUGCGAUGAAUUCGAGUAUGAAAGUGAAGAAUUAGAAGAAAAGGAAGAGUAUUAUACAGAAGAACGGUCAGAUAGAGAACUGUAUGAAAACCCAUGGGAAAACAUGCAGAGUCUGGCAAUAUAUAUGACAACUCUUGAGAAGAUACCUACUUGUGAUGAAGACCAUGACAAAUGUCGAAAUGACGAAGGAACCCCAAAGCAAAACAUUGACAUCCGCUUAAUAAAGGAAGAACAGGAAGAAGCCACAAAAUUUUUUGAAAAAGAAAAGAAUCUUUUUGCAAAGGAUAUCAUGAACAGGGAAGCACAUACACCAAUAACCCCAGAUAACGAUAUUCUUGAUGAUAUUAUUUUAAAACGAUUGUUUGACCUUAUUAACGUUGUUUCCCAAGAACAAAAUAAUACCAUCAUGCAGAUGGAACAAGUGCAACAGCGAAACAAGACAUGA